AUGACAAGAAAAAUUCAAUUUCAAGUUGUUUAUUCAUCAAGUUUUGAUGAACAACAUCCAGCUAAUGAAUUACAUCAUCAAGGACCAUUUGUAAAUGGUUGGCAAAGUAGUCGACUUUGUUCCUAUCCACAAGAACUUGUCCUUCAAUUUGAAAAUUACGUACGUUUAAAACGUGUUCAAUUACUUUCUCAUCAAUAUCUAAUUGCAUCAAAAAUUGAAUUUCUCAUCGGUGAUUGUUCAUCUGAUGAAAACGUAAAACAUGAAAAUGCACGUUAUACUCGUUUAGGUUAUAUUGAAUUAUCAAGUAAUGAACGAACAGAAUUUAAAUCUCGUGAACUUAAAUCAAUACAUGUCGAUGCUGAUGGUUUAUUUUUAAAAUUAAUUAUACAUAAAAAUUAUACAAAUCGACAUAAUCUACAUAAUCAAGUAAGCAUUAUUGCAAUUAAUUUGCUUGGUAAUGAUAUUGAUAAGACGCAUGAAAAUCAUGAUGAACCAUUCGAUUCGAAUUCAAAUAAAUCGGAUCAAAUAUCAAUUGUUGAUGAUCUAGCAUUUGCAAUGUAUCAAGAUCCUGAAAUAGCUGUGAUUAUUAAAAAUUUAGAUCGAAAAAAACAACAAUAUGUACAUGAUGAAAAUUUUGAUCAAGCUGGAAAAUUUAAACAAGCAAUACAAGAACUUCUUAAUAUUGGUGAACGACUUGCUCGAUAUGAAGUUGAAAAACGACAAGCUAUUGAAAAUGAAGAUUAUGAAGUAGCAAAAGUAAAAAAAGAAAAAAUUGAACUUUAUCGUGCUGAAACAUAUAAACAACUUCAAAAACUUAAUUUACUUGAUAUUGUUAUUGAGGGUGGUGAAGGUACCGAAUUUUUAAAAAAAUUACAGGAAAGUAAAUAUAAUGAACAACAACAUGAUGAUCAUGAACAAGAGAUAGAAAUAGUUAAUAUGCCAUCGCGUCCAUCAAAACAACAAAAUCAUGUUCGUACACGAAAUCCAAUUCGAAAUCGUCGUUCAUCAGAAUCAAAUGUUUCUUAUGGUAUACAAUCAGCUUCACAUGAAGUUUCAACAUCACCAAUACAAUCUAUUACAAAUACAACACAACAAACAAAUAUUCGAGUCAAUGGUACUAGUUCAAGUUCACCAGAAUAUCAAAAACCACCAACUCCAUAUGAAGAUAAAAUUAUUCCUACAUUACGUAAUCGUAAUCGUGUAGAUAUUGGACAAUUACAAGGACCAUUAACAGUAAAUACUGAUAUAAAUAAAAAUAAUAAUGAUGAAACAGAAAGUAUAUCAGGAAGUAUAGCAAAUAUAUCAACAAAAGAUGAUGCAACAGCUGAAUUAAAUCAAGCUGAAAUGAUUGAAGCAAAUCAAAUGAUGAUUGUAUUCGAUAAAAAUUUGAUUGGUAAACUUUAUCAUCGAAAUCAUGCACAACGUGAAGAAGCUUUAGAUGAAAUUUAUCAAAUAUUAAGUAAAUUUUCUGGUGAUCAAGAAGAUGCUCGAGCAUAUUUACGUGCUGGAAGUUUUGUUUUAGCACGAAUGUUUCGUGUUGAUGUACUUGUAACAUUUUUACAUUCACUUAAACUUUUUCAUUUAUUAAUGAAUGAUUAUAUUCGACGAAAUUCUAUACAACGACAAGAUAUUAUUACAAGUUUAGAACGUGUUUUACCUGUUCUAUUACAACGUACAGGUGAUUCAAAUGCUCGUUUAAGACAACGAGCACAAGAAGCUAUUAUUGAAUCAGCUUCUUAUCCAGAAUUAAAACCAUUACAUAUUAUACCACAUUAUUGUGUUUAUCCAUUUAAUAAAACAUGUGCACCAAGAUUAGCUAUAAGUCGAUGUGAACUUAUUGAAGAAUUAAUGAAAGUUUUAGAUGUUAAAAAAGGUGAAAAUGGUUUAAAUGUUGAUAAUAUUAGUAAAUUUUGUGCACAAGCAAUUGAACAUAAUGCUGGUGAAGUACGAGAAUUGACUAUCAAAAUUUUACUCAGUUUAUAUAAGACUCAUGGAUCAAUUGUUAAACGUUAUCUUCCACAAGAUAAUGAUCAAACACGUCGAAUUAAAAAAUAUCGUGAUAUGUUUGAAGCAUUCGAUCGAAUAGAUAGUCAAACUGAUAAAGCAACAAAUAAUCUUUCAUUAGAUCGUGUAAAAAGAACAAGUGAACCAGCUGAUACAUUAAAACGUGAUAUACCAAAACAACAACAUGUAUCUCGUGAACAACGAAAAUCUUUUGAUGCAAAAUCUUCAACACAUAAAUCUCGUACACCAACUCGAUUUGAUCGAAAAACACCAACAAUGAGUAUGGCUGAUGAAUCAGAUUUUACUCCAGAAAAUACAUGUAUAUUUUGUGGAGAAAAAAAUGAUGAUUUUAUUCGUGAUGGUCUUGAAACACAUUAUUGGGCAAAUUGUCCAAUGUUACGACGAUGUCAAGAAUGCAAUCAAGUAGUCGAAAUAGGAAUUUAUAUAGAACAUUUAUUACGUGAAUGUGCAAAAAAAACUAAAUAUCAACAAUGUUCUCGAUGUACAGAAGCAAUUGGAACAGAUUUUGAUGCUCAUAUUAAACUUAAAGAAUGUAGUGAAGCUAAACCAAAUACAAAUCGUUGUCCAUUAUGUCAUAUGAAUAUACGUGAAGGUGAAAAACCAUGGCGUGAACAUUUAAUGAGUAUUGAUGGUUGUGUUAAAAAUCCUCGACGUCUUCAAGCAUUAAAAAAGAAUAAAAAUUCUCAACAACAAAAAGCUGUUGUUAUUCCAACAUCACAAGUUAAUGUUAUGAAAAAACAAAAAAAAGUUACAACAACUGUUAAAUAA